UGUCUAUUAUCUGAGUGACUCGGGGUUUUGGUGUCUGCCUCCGAGCGUGUCAGAGUGCGCGUGUGUGUGUAUGUUGGAGGAGGAAAAGAGAUAAAGAGAGAGAGAAAGGGAGGGAGAGGCAAGCGGCGUUUAUUCUCCCCCCUUUAGCCUCCCCGUCUCCCUGCUCCCUGUCACUCCAUCCUUCCUCCCCUCUCCUGGACCACCCUCCAGCCCCGCUUCGAGCCGAACCGAGACCCCCCUACCACCCAGACCACCCCGGGACCCUUUGACUCUCCUCACUUCUCCGUCCCAUCAACCACAACCUCUGAGCAGGGAUUCCUGUCCUGUCUCCUCCUCCCCCGGAGUGCUGUCUGUGAACAUCUCAACUGUACAAAAUCCACUCAAUCCAGUUUCAACAAUUAAUCUGAUCUGAAUCCGCUUUGGCUGACCAGGCGCAGCAAAAUCUUUCGGCCCGACGUCCAGUCACCCCAUUCUGCUGGAAGGCUGAUAGUCACAGGUCACAUGACCUGGAAGAAAAAACCUAGGAGACUUUUGGGAUCCCUCUUUGCAUGGGCUGUAUAUCAACCUGAAGGGACGUCCAAAGGCUGAUGAACUGACCUGUGUCAGUGUGAGACCACAUUGUUUUGGUGUCCUAUAUGCCCUGGGAACACAACACCCAGUGCAGAUCUGGUGACCCGCUGGCUGGAAUACCAUCAUACUCCUUCUCCUUCUGAGGACAUCCUACAUAAGGACCAGUCUCGCCUCCCCCAACAUGGAAACCACCAAAGUCCAGUCAGAGGGUGGCCUCAAUGUCACCCUCACCAUACGCCUUCUCAUGCAUGGAAAAGAGGUUGGAAGUAUUAUUGGAAAGAAAGGAGAAACAGUGAAAAAGAUGCGAGAAGAGAGUGGAGCACGUAUCAAUAUUUCUGAGGGCAACUGUCCGGAGAGGAUUGUCACCAUUACUGGACCAACAGACACCAUCUUCAAGGCUUUUGCUAUGAUCGCCUACAAAUUUGAGGAGGACAUAAUCAAUUCCAUGAGCAACAGCCCAGCAACCAGCAAGCCCCCUGUCACCUUAAGGCUUGUCGUGCCAGCCAGCCAGUGUGGCUCCCUCAUAGGGAAAGGAGGCUCCAAAAUAAAAGAAAUGAGAGAGUCCACAGGGGCCCAGGUUCAGGUAGCGGGGGACAUGCUGCCCAACUCCACAGAGCGUGCAGUGACAAUCUCUGGGACCCCUGAAGCCAUCAUCCAGUGUGUCAAACAAAUCUGUGUGGUCAUGCUGGAGUCCCCACCAAAAGGUGCCACUAUCCCUUAUCGUCCAAAGCCCGCCUCCACCCCAGUCAUUUUUUCUGGUGGCCAGGCCUACACAAUUCAGGGACAGUACGCCAUACCACACCCAGAUCAGUUGACCAAGCUCCACCAGUUGGCUAUGCAGCAAACCCCCUUUACCCCUCUCGGACAGACCACCCCUGCUUUCCCUGGUUUGGAUGCCAGUCCACCAGCCAGCACCCAUGAACUCACCAUUCCUAAUGAUCUAAUAGGCUGCAUUAUUGGACGCCAGGGAACCAAAAUAAAUGAGAUUCGACAGAUGUCUGGGGCGCAGAUCAAAAUUGCGAAUGCCAUGGAGGGCUCGUCAGAGCGCCAGAUCACCAUCACAGGGACCCCUGCUAACAUCAGCCUGGCCCAGUAUCUCAUCAAUGCCAGGUUCAGGGACGUGGCUGCCAUGUGGAAUGACCCCUCAUCCAUGACAACAUCCUGAAGUCACCCCCAAUCUGGUUCUGUUUUCAGAAGCUGACAGCAAAACCACAGCUUCACAAUUAACCUCUAUGUAUUAUCCUGUGGGACUUUCACUAUACUCAAUUGGUUGUGCAUAACACUUAAGCAUUAGCCUGUGGGAGACAUGUAACAACCCUGGGAUUUGUUCAAAAUUGAUGUACCCAAUGUAUUGAUAAAAGAAUAGUUUGACAUUUUACAGAGAGGCUGAUGAGAGGAUUGAUAUGACUUUCUGCCCCUUAAAUAUGAAGCUACAUGAUGGGAAUGGAUUAGAUUAGCAUAAGUGCAGGAAACAGAUAGACAGGCUCUUUCAUUAGGAAACAAAAUCCACCCAACAGCACCUCUAAUGCUUACUAAUUAGCAUGCUGAUUGCCUGGAAACUUCACAACAGCUGUGUUUUUGUGAUGUAUUUUUUUGUGCAUUAGAAAAAGCUCAUGGAAAUGUGAACAUCUGAAAUAAGUCCCCUAAUGCUGACAAAGAGUUAAGGCACAUAAUGGGAGAUGGAAACACAUUUUUGUUAAAUAAGUUGUGAUGAAAUUAACAGUUAACUCUCAUUACUGUUGAGCUGUUUCAUCUUCUUUUGUUGUCUUUGUAUCCGGCCAACAUUACACAUGGUCAAUACCAGCUGACAGCUUUCUUGAUUAAAAACAAAUAUUCUGGAGACUUUAAUCCAUUUUUCUCUCACAGAUAAUCAAAGUUUUUGUUUUGUUUAUUGCUUCUUCUUCUUCUUCUUUUUCAAGGUUUUUUAGAGGUUGGCAAACAACUUGUUUGUUUCCAGCUUCUUCUACCACCCAAAUCUGAUGUUACCAGCUCAUUAACUGGCCUGUUAUCAGUGCAUAUCAUUGCCAUAUGUAUGGGUGAGCAGGGACCUCCUCCACCUUCUAGUAUACAGAAAGUAACUGUGAUAACAUCAGCGACCUCUUGCAGUUGUGUGAAUACGUGCAUGUAAAAUCUGAAGUCAUCACCCUGGAAAUUGACAAAAUGGAGCUUUGUAACGUGUAAAUGGAGCUUUGUAACAUGUAAAUGUCUCGACAGGGUUCGUUUUACCUCAAAUCAUGCUUUCCUAACCCUAAUCAAAUAAGUUUGGUGCCUUAACUUAACCAAACACUGAGUGAAAGACAGUAAAGUAAAAAUCAAAACACAAAAUGGUCAGAAAUGAGACUUAACAUCAAGUCCCCUGGGUGAAAAUUCACUGACAUGCAAAGGCUCCAUCAUCUCCAGUUUCCAAAGGUGAAGUAGAAGGAAUAAUAAGUACUGAUUUGACUAUUUAAUGGGGUGAUAACAUCUGGGGCAGGUGCUUCUUCUAUUUUUAUUACAGCCAUAUGUUCACUACCAUUCAAAAGUUUGGGGUCACUUAAAAUGUCUUUAUUUUUGAAAGAUAACCUUUUUUUUCAAUGAAGAUAACAUUAAAUUAAUCAGAAAUAUAGCCUAGACAUUGUUAAAGUGAUAAAUGACUAUUCUAGCUGGAGUUUUAAUGGAAUAUCUCCAUAGGGGUACAGAGGAACAUUUCCAGCAACCAUCACUCCUGUGUUCUAAUGCUACAUUGUGUUAGCUAAUGGUGUUGAAAGGCUAAUUGAUGAUUAGAAAACCCUUGUUCUGUUGUGUUAGCACAUGAAUGAAAGUAUGAGUUUUCAUGGAAAACAUGAAACUGCGUGGGUGACCUCAAACUUUUGAACAGUAGUGUAGUCGAGCAUGCACCAUUACCCACUGAGAAGACAAGAAACAGUUAAUGGAAAGGAUACUAAUUUUCAUUCUGCUUUUAGAAUUUUUGCAACAUUUUUAAAGUUUGUUUAAUAUCUACAAGACUCCGAAAUCUCUGUAACAGAACAAGUUGAGCACACAACAGCCGCAAAACCAUUGUUGCCUGUGCAGACUUCAGUCUUACACUGACUGAGCAAACAAGCUCUGUCACGUUAUGGGUGAGGUUUAAAAGUGCAAGUGGGCAGAUAUUGUUGCCCCCUGACAGAGCCAGGUAAGCUGUUUCCUCCUGUUGUUCAGUACUCAUGCUAAACUGAGCUAAUAGCCUUUUUGCUCCAGCUUCAUAUUUAAUGGACCGGCAUGACAGUAGUAACUUACUUCCUUCAGAAGAGUGGAUAAGUGCAUUUUCCAACAAAAUGUCAAACGAUUCCUUUUACUGUUUAUUUAGCAUGCCUCAUUCCAAGAAUAAUAUUGUAUUUCUUUUUGUCAUUACUAUAUUAGAUGCAUUUGCCUAUUAAGUCCUAUUGUGUCAUUGUCUGCAAAGAGUAAAAUUAAUAAAAAAUGGAAAAUAAAAAAAGCAAAGAAAAAAAAGACAGAACACAUGACUGCCACUGAGCAAUGCUGUUGGAGAGAAGAGUGAUGUGAUGCCUCCGUCAGGGAAUACAGCAGUUGGAUAUAUCAUGACACCAUCAUUUUUUUUCAGUCCACUGCAUGGCUUCAUGAGGGGAUUAGUACUGCAUGGUUAUGUUGCCAUAUCUGUAGGAAUGCUUUCUGCGCGAGGGUACAGUGAAAAUCCGGUGUCAACCCUCUGUGAACAAAAUGUGGCAGGAAAUUCAAGCACAAAGCCAGUCAUCGCAGCAUAACUUUCACUUCAAAGCGAAAGUUCUUCUUUCACAGUUGUUUUAUUUUCUGUCUACCACCCCUCACUCCUUUCCCCUCCCUUCCCUCCCCUAUCUCCCCCCCAACUGUUUUAGGCUGACGUCUGAAGUCACUGGAAUGGGCACACUCUAAUUUCUACCCAUGUUUCCUCAGUGCAUCACAUGACCCUUGAGCAAACGGCAUUGCAACCUAGUUUCUUGAUUUUCUCUGUAUUUGACCGUCCUGUUAUUUUAGUGACUUAAACUUUGAUGAUUUCUAGUAUUUUACUGUAAAUGUGUGUAUCUGCACUGUUACUCCUGAUUCCUCACACCUAUCUCAAGCCCUGUUGUUUCUGUUUCUGAAAGGUCGCUUUAGUUUUUUGACACUCUAGUACCUUUCAUGGCAUCUCACGCACCGCGCCCUUUUGUUUCACCUCAUGUUUUAACACGUCACUGCAAGUUUCUUCUUUUUGUACUGCGGGCAUCUGACAGUAAAUGCAAAGUAAACCUACAGAUUGGUACAAUAUAAAACCAAGAUUGUCCCUCCUCCAUCUUUAUACAGUGACCCAUUUUUUAGUCUACUAGCUGUGACACUACAUCACUCAACACUAAUGUUUAUUCCAGCUGAUUUCACACUGAUUUCAUGACUGAUGAGAUGAGUGUUCUCCUGUGUGCCUGUAGACAUUUGCCUGUUUGUCUUAGUGUUGUAUGUACACUAUAGAAUGAUCUGCAUGACGCACAAAACCUACUGCAUUUCAAAUUCAUUUAAAAAUCAAACAGGUGGAAGCAAAGAACUGAAUGGCGAAAUGGAAUGGACUCCAGUUUGAAAUGACCCGCGGUGUAGGCCAAUAAACAUCCGCACUAAUGCACAGAUCAGUCUUUCUGAGUUUCAUGUGAGACCUGACCAAAAAGGUGGGAUGGAAAAAUGACAAAUAAAAUGGCUGCAACGAAGAGUGAAAUUCAAAUGCAUGUUAUUAAUGUACCCCAUUUUAUUCACCUAUACAGCGCAACCAUGUAAUCAUACUAUUCAUGCUGCCAUCUCGUAGCAACUAUGUAUAGGAUGCAUGGGUCAUAUGGAAAGGUUUAGUGUGCGUUUGCACUCACAUGUAGCUCAUGUAAGAUUUCUUUGUGCAUCAGAAGGGCUGAACAGCGCCUGCACAGAAAACUUUCAUGGUCAUCAUGUCUGUCUCUCAGCUCCACCCUCACAGACGCGUAUUAUAGUUUGAAAGGAGACAAGCCAUUUGAGAUACAUUUAACAAAAUGUGUUUCUGGUUAGCAUGCAGAAACAUUGGCUUAUAUACAAACUGGAAAUGUGUUUAAAAUGUAUGCAUUGACGCAUACAUCAAUUAUUAGUCUUUCUUACAUACAUGUAUGGCUCUCUGCAGGUGCCAUCUACUGUAUCUACUGUGUAUCUGUUUUAGCUGUUUGCCCAUCUAAUUUACAAGUGAGCAGACGCCCAGCUUAUGUAUCUAUUUGAUCUAAAGCUGAAUGUAUUUGAAAUGUCUUUUAACUGCAAAAAUCUACAUGUCAUACUAGAUUACAACACCUGUACUAAUCGGGUACAUCGAAGUCGAAUGAUGUACACAACAGAAUACAGGUGAUCAGAGUGACUGGGAGGGUUACUCUCAAACUGGAAGCUGUUAUUUAAAAUUGUAAUUAGAAUUUAUCACACUAGAUACAUACAGGGUUAUAUUAUCAGAUUAUUUUGUGUUAUCUUGAAUAUGAAAUGUAAAUUAAAACCAAGGCAUUCUUCUAUUUUCUGGAAAAACAUUAAUGGAUGGCCUCAUUUCAGAUUGUUAGCUGUAAGAUCAAAACUUAUAUCUUUAUUGUUACAAUGAAAUAUUUAAUAUCUGCAAAAAAGAGAUAUGGAGACAGAGCAGCAAAGGUUCAUCCAACUGAGAGUCAUUUGUUGGUGUACACCCUCACCACUCAGCAAUCAGGUGGACCCAACACUCUAUUUAUAUUUCAUUCUGUCUGACUCUUGCUGUUACUGCUUUUAGAGUUCAGAUUUCACAAAACAAUGAGACAUUUUACUCCUAAAGCCUAAAUAUGCUUUAGUCAAAUCAGAACUACAUAACUAUGUUGGUGGAAUAUGAUUUGAGUCAUUACAGCUUAGACUCACGUUCUUGUCAUUUAGUUAGAAUUGAUUAUAUGUACACUACCAUUCAAAAGUUUGUGGUCACUUAGCAUUUUUUUUUCAGUGAAGAUAACAUUAAAUUAAUCAGAAAUACAAUCUGAUACAUUGUGUUAGCUAAUGGUGUUGAAAGGCUAUUUGAUGAUUAGAAAACCCUUGUGCAAUUAUGUUAGCACAUGAAUAAAAGUGUGAGUCAUCAUAGAAAACAUGAAAUUGCCUGGGUGACCCCAAACUUUUCAACGGUAGUGUAGGUUAUGAUGGUUAGUACUAUUUUAUUCAUAAAGCAAGUCCUUUUUUUUACAUUACGCAUGUGCCAUUGCUGCACACAUACAUUUCAAAUGUAUAUCUGUACAUUAUCACUGAUCUGGAUGCAAUCAGAUGAACAAAUGAAGGACUUGCUGUUUGAGGGCCCACAGAUUUUUAAUGUCACGUUCGCAGCAUAUUGUUCAAACUGAGCCGAGAGGAAACGCUGUUCACAUCUGUCAGAUAUUUUGAACUUCUGACACAGGUGAAAUGUCCCUCUUGGUGAAAAUACCUAUAGACACGUCAACAAACUGUUGGCAGAAUGGUUGCAAAUGCACAGCCGCUGGCAGUUACAUCAAAAUGAAUUCCAUUAUUAACACUAAUGCAACCAAUUCAUCUAACCGUGUGAGGAUUAUACACUGUAUCUAGUUUUACUUAGCAGCCAACUGCUUCAAACGCUCAGCACAACAAAAGCAGCUAAUUCAGGCUAUUUAUCAGGUGCACGGGGGCUCACUACCUUGGAAUAAUGCAUGAACAACAUUAAGUCAGUAUAUGGGAUGUUUUCCAUGCUUUUCCAUUCUGCUGACAUUUCAUGAAUGCAGCAUUAGGGGUCAUUAAAAACUAUCCACCAUCUGCAGAACUUGAUCAUUAAAGCAGUUUAAUAUCUUACGUAAAGUGAACACUAAUGGUUUGUAGGUUCAGAGAGUCUGCUGGUUGAGUGCAGGCAGACCAGCCAAGACGCAGUCACUUCACAGUGUGACCAACUUGCAAACAUCUCAGUUGCCUUUUUUAUUGCCAUAUUUCUGUCUUUCAUAUUCACUGUAUCGCUUAUGUUCUCACCACUGUACAGUACUGUGCGAGUCGAACACAUCUUGUUGUACUGCUUUUGUCAUUUUACUGAUUUGUAACCACAUUUAUUGUUUCUGUGCUAGAGCAGCAAAAAAUUAAAGGUUAACACUGAGGUAACAGAUGAUAUAUUAUGCUGUCUGAGGAAAGGUGUCAGAUCAUGUUUACGUUUGAUCAUUUGCACCAUGAAGGUCUGUCUUGGAUUUAUUAUUUACUGAGAGUGAUUCUGAAAUGUUUUGUAAAAAGGAGAUAAUAAAGUUUGUGUUUUUUCCCUUGA